AUGGGAGCUCUCGACAAGUUCCUUGGGCGUAAGGGUAAUGAGGGUGAUGCCACUGAGGCACCCGUCACUGUCACUGCUGCCAUGAACGAAAAGGACCAAGAGGCUGGCAAAUACCCUGAUGAGACUGGUAGCGCCAGCGAUGCCGUUACCGAGAACGCGCAGCAUGGUGUCAAGGCCGUUGAGGCUACGACUCUGGCCUGGAGCAAGAAGGCUCUUGCUGGUGUCUUCGUUUUCAUGUGGUUGAUCUACCUCACCAAUGGUUUCCAGAGCCAGAUCAACUACACUCUUGUUCCCUACGCCAGCAGUGAAUGGGAGUCUCACUCUCUCAUUCCCGUCAUUGGCAUUGUAGCCAACUGCAUGACUGCCGCUGUCUACAUUCCCCUGUCCAAGAUCCUCGAUAUCUGGGGUCGUGCUGAAGGUUUCCUUCUCAUGGUCACUUUUGCUACCAUUGGUAUGGCUAUGAUGGCUGCUAGUCGCAACCUCGCCACCUACUGUGCCGCUACCGUCUUCUGGCAGGUUGGCUGGUCUGGUCUCACCUACAGCAUUGACGUUAUCACGGCCGAUUCCACACAACUCAAGAACCGAGGUCUUGCGUACGCCUUCACCUCUUCUCCAUACAUGAUCACUGCCUUCGCUGGUCCCAAGUCCGCCGAGGCCUUCCUCCGAAACGGUGAUCAGUGGCGAUGGGGCUUUGGAACAUUCUCCAUUGUCCUUCCCGUCGUCGCCAUCCCCAUGUACGUCCUCCUGAGGUUCAACCUUCAGAAGGCCAAGAAGCAGGGUCUCCUUGUCAAUGAGUCUAGCGGUCGAUCUUUCUUGGAGAACAUCAAGUGGGGACUCAUUGAGUUCGAUGCUGUUGGUGCUUUCUUGUUCGCUGCUGGUCUUGUCAUCUUCCUCCUUCCCUUCUCCAUCGCUAGCAGCGCCCCCAAGGGCUGGGACACCCCUUACAUCAUUGCGAUGAUCAUUCUGGGUGUUGUUCUUCUGGCCAUCUUCGGUGCUUACGAGCGCUAUGUUGCCCCUAAGCCAUUCCUUCGCUUCGAGCUCCUUACCAGCCGCACCGUUAUCGGUGUCUGCCUUCUGGACUUUGUCUACAUGAUCGCCUACUACUGCUGGAACAGCUACUUCACCUCGUUCCUCCAGGUGGUCAACAACCUACAACCCUCUACAGCUGGUUAUGUCAACAACACUUUUGAGAUCGUCUCUGGUGUCCUCCUCUUCAUUGUUGGCUAUGCCAUGCACAAGACCGGACGCUUCAAGUGGAUUCUGUGUGUCGGUAUUCCUCUGUACAUGUUUUCCCAGGGUCUCAUGAUCUACUUCCGUCGCCCUGGUCAAUCCAUUGGCUACCUCAUUAUGUGUGAAGUCUUCAUCUCAAUCGCUGGCGCUACCUUUAUUCUUUGCAUGCAAGUCGGUGUCCUCGCUGCCGUCGAGCAUCAGUAUGUCGCUACCGCUCUGGCUACCCUUAGCGUCACUGGCAACAUUGGAUCUGCUGUCGGCAGCACCAUCUCUGCCACCAUCUGGACCAACACCUUCUAUAAGAAGCUCGCCGAGUAUCUUCCUGAGUCUGCUCAGGCUGAUCUCGACGCCAUUUACGAGUCCCUCGACUCCCAGCUCCUCUAUGAGAUGGGCAGCCCCGAGCGUCUUGCGAUCCAGAAGGCUUACGGUUAUGGCCAGGCUCGCAUGCUUGCUGCCGGAACUGGCAUUAUGGCUGUCGCUCUUAUCUCGCUGUUCUUGAUCAAGAACUACGAUCUCAGGAAGAUCAAGCAGACCAAGGGUACUGUCUUCUAA